CUCGUGGUGUUUAUGGUCCUGACCCGGUACAGCCGCUAAGCUCAUUUUUCAUUUCCAAGUGUUGUUACUAGCCUCGAGAGAGAUGUUUCACAGGAUUCACCUGCAACUGAUAAACCAGGGGGUGAUAAUACCGAAACAGUCCUUUUUUUUUCUGAUCAUAGAGGAGCCGUAUGAAGCUAAGGUUUCAUGUACGGUUUUGCAAUAGCGGUGGGAGCUGUGAUGUUAUUAUCGACUAUGAUUAUCUAACAGUUCAAGUACAGUUGAUAUAGUAGAAGCACAGCCAAAAUAUGGUUUUUUUUGAUGGAAUCUUUGGCGUCAGCCUAUAGGCUUUCUAGUUUUUAGAAUUUCUUCUUUGGCCGAAUGUGAAAGAUUACCCAGAGGGGGAAUUAGUUGCAGGUUAUCAAACCGAAUAUUCCGGUAUCAAAUAUGGUUUCUUUUUUCUUGUUUCUUACUUAUCCUUAUUAGUUUCCUCUUUAUUUGUAACAGUUCUUUACUUAGGCGGGUGGAAUUUCUCUAUUCCCUACAUAUCCACGAUUCUCCCAGUGUAGGAAUCACACUAGUUAUCUUGACCUUGAUUCGGUCAAGCAGUUUUUCCUUACUAUACUCCAGUACGAACAGGAAAAGAAUCUGUGUACUCAACGGUGCAUUAGUAAUUAUCUGGGAUUUCUUUUGCUCUUUAAAGCAAAACGGUGUCUUGACUCUCAAGAAUAGUGCGUGUUAAUAUCCAUGUAGAUAAAGAUAGAGAUAGCAACGAACUGGAUGCAUAGUAAAACUCAAAACUUGUGACUUGUUCUCGUAGGCUAACUAACCAAAUCAUAGGAUCUAACACGAGACCGGAUAAACACCGCGCCCCCGCCGCGUCUAUCUAUAUAAGCUAAUCCCUCGACCUCAACCGACUCCCAAAUCUCAAUUGCUUUGGCUCUCUCUCUCCCUCCCUUUCGCCGCGUGCGCCGUCCAAUCCAAACCAAUCCCAAGUCCCCACCCGCUCGCGGCGAGCAAAGCAAGAUGAUUUCCCCGGACGCGGCCCGCAACGUCGUCGGCAAUGUCAUCUCCUUCGGCCUCUUCCUCUCCCCUGUGUAAGCCGCCGCCGCCAUCCCCCUCGUCCGCUUGUCUAGUCUACUCUCUAUGGAAGGUGGUUGGUAAUUAGGGUUUGAUUCUGAUGAGGGGGCGCUUGCUUUUUGCUUGUACAUGUGCAGGCCGACGUUCUGGCGGAUCAUCAAGAACAAGGACGUGGAGGAGUUCAAGUCGGACCCGUACCUAGCGACGCUGCUCAACUGCAUGCUCUGGGUGUUCUACGGCAUCCUCUGCGUCAUAUUCGGCUCGGCAAUGUACGCCUCCCCGCUCACCAUCAUGGGUAAAGUGAUCAAGACCAAGAGCGUCGAGUACAUGCCCUUCUUCCUGUCGCUGGUGAGCUUCCUCAACGGCGUCUGCUGGACGUCCUACGCUCUCAUCAAAUUCGACCUCUACGUCACGAUCCCCAAUGGCCUCGGUGCGCUGUUCGGCCUCGUCCUGUACGCCUGCUACUACAAGUCGACCCCCAAGAAGGAGAAGAACGUCAAGCUAAAAUGUGAUUGAAGGCCCGCCCGCUUCCUGGCUCCUUGACUGCAAUAACAAGUGCUAGCUACAGUAAGAACAAGGGA